GUGAAUUUCUGAAGGCAGGAAGGAAACCUUUGGCUGAAAACCCUAUAGCUCUCAUCCGGGGGGGGGGGGAGUGUCAGCUGGAUAGAAUCACAGCAGCAGCAGCAGAAAGUGGGUUGGUUUGGGGUGGGGUGCGGGGAACAUUGCAUGGGGUUCCCAGACAGAUAUCGAGCCUGCUUCUUCCUUCCUUCCUUCUCUUAACAAUCUUUUGCCAUCUCGCGGAGCCCGACUGGUCCUUGCGGAUAAAUGAGGAAUCACGAUGUUUACCAGCAUCACCGAUGGGCUCCUGUGUUGCCUGAUGGGCAAGACCCCCAACGCGGUGGGUCCCCUGGAGAGCGUCGAGUCCAGCGACGGGUUUAGCUUCGUGGAGGUGAAGCCUGGCCGGGUCCUGCGGGUCAAGCACCUGGCCCCCACCCACCCACCGGGGGCCGAGGACGCGCCCCAGACGGCGGGCGUCGUGCGCUGCAAGCGCCGCAUCACCGUCUACCGCAACGGGCAGAUGGUCAUCGAGAACCUGGGCGACGCCGUCUGCGCAGACAUCCUCCACUGCCAGAACGGCUCCGAACCCAACGGCACAAUGGAACUGGAGGUCUCGGACGCUGCCGGCACUGGCGCAGCCACUCCCUCGGCCAACCCCCCUGCCCCCGCCAAGCGCCGCCGGCGCAAGCCAAAGAAGGUGAUCAACGUCGACUGCACCAAGUUCAUCACCAGCUGCAAGGGCACCCACGGCGACGUGGUCCUCUUCUUCAUCCACGGCGUGGGGGGCUCUUUGGACAUCUGGAAGGAGCAGCUGGACUUCUUCGCCAAGCUGGGCUACGAGGUGGUGGCCCCGGACCUGGCCGGCCACGGGUGCAGCUCGGCCCCACAAAUCGCCGCCGCGUACACUUUUUACGCCCUGGCUGAAGACAUGCGGGCCGUCUUCAAGCGCUACGCUCGGAAGAGGAACAUCCUCAUCGGGCACUCCUACGGAGUCUCAUUCUGCACCUUCCUGGCGCACGAAUACCCGGAUCUGGUCCACAAGGUGAUAAUGAUCAAUGGUGGGGGGCCCACGGCCUUGGAGCCCAGCCUCUGCUCCAUCUUCAACAUGCCCACGUGCGUCCUGCGUUGCCUCUCCCCAUGCCUGGCCUGGAGCUUUCUCAAGGCUGGCUUUGCUCGCCAAGGCGCCAAGGAGAAGCAGCUGCUGAAGGAAGGGAAUGCCUUCAACGUCUCGUCCUUUGUCCUGAGAGCCAUGAUGAGCGGCCAGUACUGGCCGGAGGGGGAUGAGGUCUACCAUGCUGAGUUGACGGUGCCUGUCCUCCUCGUUCACGGAAUGCAUGACAAAUUUGUCCCUGUGGAGGAGGACCAGCGGAUGGCUGAGAUCCUGCUCAUCGCUUUCCUGAAGGUGAUUGACGAAGGCAGCCACAUGGUCAUGAUGGAGUGUCCGGAAACAGUGAACACCCUUCUGCACGAGUUCCUGUUAUGGGAGCCGGAGGCUGUCCCAGCCGCAGCUGGAACAGAAGCAGAGAAGAAAUAAGAAAUAAAAAAACACACCUUAACAGCUACUUCGUGAAACUAGCGGCCUGCUCGCGUUGCUGCUUCCAGAGGGACGUUUUUUUCUGGUUUGGAGCCUGCGACAGUAGAAGGUGCGGCUGUGGCCGGCGGACACCUCCUCCCUGCAAUGCGGGACGGGCGGAAAAGGCUCUUUUCUUCUCCUCCUCCUCUUCCGCAGAGAAGCGGACUGGACUUUAGUGGGCUGGGCACAUGCAGGGUCAUGGCCAAGUGAGGUGGACCCUCAAGAUGGGUGGGAGGGGAGGGGUCAGCCGCUCCCUGAGCUUUCGCCCUUGCCCUUCCCCCUUGUCGUGUCCUCCUUCGUUUUUUCACGCUCAGCCUCUGGCAGGCUGCAGAAAAGAGGUUGUGGCGAGUUGUGGCGGCUCAAGGAGCACCCUUUCCACGGGACCUGUCCCAAGAUGGCAACCUCGACUCCGUUUGGGAGCCGGCCAAGCUGACUUGGGCGCGAUUAAACAGACCCGGAUUUGUGCACACAAUUUAUUAAACCGGCGACCCUGCUCCCCCCCCCCCAAAUUCCCUCUGCCCCUCAAAGGCCCACCAGGUGUGUUAAACAAAUUCUCCACAUUGGCUGAGCCAGGAAGGAGAAGGCAGUGGCGAGAUUCUAACACUUGCCCGUUGCUUGAGGACGAGCACCUUGUGCUAGGUUCUGGCAUGGGGCAGACACCCCCAAGCUCCUUGCAAAGAGGUUCACGGGGCAGGGCUCCCCAGUAUUUACUCAUCCAUCAAACACCUCAUCCCUUUCUCUUCACAUCGCCUGCAAACCCCUGCAUUCUCUGGGCAGAAGGUCCUGGAGCCCUUCUGGAGUUUGGGGGUACCCCCGUUUGCUUCUGUCUUCGGCAGCUUGUAAAAUGUACUGUGAAAAAAUUGCAGCACCCAAAGGUAUUUCAGGGUAAAGGCACCCCUCUGCUCUCCACAAUCUUUGGCACUUUGGUUGGGAGAGCAAAGUCCCCGUUAACUGAGUAAAUCCUUUUUUUUUUGCCAGUGCCCGUUUCCUCCAUAUCAAACCUUCAAAACGCUCCCCUCCCUUACCCAUUCGCCAGGAGAAAUGAAAAGGAAUUGCAAAAGAGUUCUGGCUGGAAAUGGGGCUUUUGUUUCAUUUUGUUCAUCUUAGGAACAGCUGCUUUGGUCUAAUGACAAAGACUUGGAUCGGAGGGAAGCGGCAGGGCACAGAGUAAGGUGACUUCUCAAAAUCUGCUCCUUGGCGUUGCCGCCCCCAAAUCUGGCGAGGCUUUAGGGGAAAAGGGCGCAGACCCAGAUGGAUCCAGGGUGGGGGACCUUUUUGGUUCCACGGGCUGGAACCUGAUCAGGAUGGGCCUCGCAGGCUGAAUUUGACCUCCCAAUUGCAUGACAUUGCUAUAUGGUAGCACGCUUAGACAGGUGAGCCCCGCACCUCACCUUGAAAUUGGCAGAUGGGGGAGAGGGAGGUGACUUUUUCUCCCCCCACUCGCUUAAAUGAGUGGCUUCAAACAGCUUUAAGCCCCGCUCGUCAGCUGGAAUUAAGCCUUUUCUGCUUUUCUGCCGUAAGGCUCUCUUCCCGGCCGCGGUGCACAGCCGGUGCAGGAUUAGACCCUGUGUGCCCCCGCUCAUUCAUUAACAUCAGCGGUGCCAGCAGAUGAGCGGGGGGGGCAUGGUUUGGGGAAGAUGGCAGCACAGAGAUUCCUGCUCUCUAAAGUGUUCGCCUUACUCAACAACACACCCAGUUCAGAGACAUUAAAAAAAACCAUAAUAUUCCAGCAUUUUGCUGGGUUUGAAUCGUUGACUCGCAAUGACGUUUGCCACCUCUCCCAAUCCUAACUUAACAUGUGCUCUUCUUAAUGGUUGGUUUGUUUUUUCACCAACCCAGAACCUGCCAAGCCGCAAUGUUGGGGUACAUUCACACAAGCCACAGUGCGGCGGGGAGGGUGGCCAGAGACGGAUCAGUUCAGGAUGGCAGGGGUGCCCUGCCUGAUAACGCUCUUCUGUCCCAAAUUAGAUUUUAAAAAAAUUAUUAUUCGAUCCUGCCGCGACUCAGGACUCCUAUAAGCGGCUCCAACCCCCCCCCCCCGGUUAUUUGGUUGGAACAAUUCACACACACACACAUACCCUGAUCAUUUCGAAUACCAUCUCCAUCCACUCUACACCAUUACCUGCCUACUCUAAUCCAGCUUAAGGUCACUUCCUGCAACAUGUAAGAGGGCAUGGGAUUGCAGUUUGGGAUUCCGGAAUUCCAGGGCAGCGUGUGUGUGAAUACCCACCACGACGACCAAACCCUUGUUGCGCAUCCACAGAAGGGGAGCAAGACCUUGCUUAUUACGAGCACACAAAGCGAACCAGUGUUGAGCCUCUUUAGUAGCAGCGUAACCAUAAUCAACAGCUUAAUACAUUUUUAAUUAUUUUAAGAAAUCUGUAUUCUUCGGAGACUGUUUUAACCAGCUUGGAAAUUGAUCCAUGGGAGGGGUUUUGUUUGGUUUUUAUUUAUUUUGAAGGGGUGUGUGGAGAGUCUGUUGCUGUGAGUUCCACAGAUCCAGGCUCUUUCCAGCCGGGAGACGAAACAGGAUUGUGUGAUAAGUGUCAUCCUAGACUCUCAAAUAAAAGUAUUAUAUUCUCAACAGAUAAAGGAAGUCGUUUCUUGGAUCUGCAGAAAAGAGUCGAGAUGGUAGAGGCUUGGAAGGAGAAGUCUCCGACACCGCUGUGGAACCUUCCUAGAACUGAGGGCCACAUUCCCUUCUGAGAAACUUUCUGGGGGCCAACGGCAGGUAGAACAAAUAGGAAAUUGGCUUUUGUGCAGUAGGGCUGGUUCCUUUCCCACUUGGGUCUCCUUUCAGGCAGUUAAGAGACGGAACCAGAGUUGAGGUUUCUCCCGUCAGCUGUUUCAUCCUCAUAACGACCUUGCAAUGGAGGUUCGCCUGAGGGUUUCUGACAUCUUCAGCCUUUACCACAAAGCAGACUAGAAAUUUGCCCCUUUCCAAGUGAAAGAAUGAGGAAACCAUGGUUGGGAAGGGGACUCCUGAGGGUCAACUAGUCCACCCCGCCACUGGAGGAAGGAAAUCCAGGGCAGCCUCCACAGAUGGUUGUGCAGCUUGGAGACAUCAACAAAGGAAGAGUCCACUCAUGCCUCAAGGUUAUUCCUGAACUUUUUUUUUUAAUAAAAAAAAAUCAUUA